UACACACAGAUACAUGUACAUACACAGAAAUACACAUGCACAGACACAUGUACAUACACACAGACACAUGUACAUACACGCAGACACAUGUACAGAUACACACAUGUACAUACACACAGACACACACACACACACCCAUAAAAAGUUGCAGUACUUUGUUGUUCACUCACAGAGCCGGGUACUGCACUCUAGGGGGAGGCAGAGAGCACAGCACACACACCUUCCUUUGCUUUCACUGCGCUCAGCUAUUGAGCAGUCUGACAGCUCCCAGUUCCAAUGACAGAUCCGGCCUCAGCUCCGAGCCUGCUCAGCAAGACGGCCUUGGGGGACACACUUGCCCCCACCAUAAUUUCCACUCACCAUUGGCGAGCAGGUGAGUGGAAAUUUCAAGCCCUGGUGUAGAGGACAGC